UUUUGUCAACAAAACAAUGAAAGUAGCACCAUAUUUAGCAGCCAUUGAUGUUCUUGUCCAAAACUCCCAAGCCAGAGGAGAAUGCUUCGGGAGAAUAACAAUCGAAGCCAUGGCUUUUAAGCUUCCUGUACUCGGUACUGCAGCAGGAGGGACAAUGGAGAUUGUAGUGAACAGAACAACCGGUCUAUUACACCACGCUGGUAAAGAUGGCGUUUUACCUCUUGCCUCAAACAUUGUGAAGCUGGCGACGAACAUGGAGAUGAGGAGGACAAUGGGGAAGAAAGGGUAUGAGAGGGUAAAAGAGAUGUUCUUGGAACAUCAUAUGUCUCAUCGAAUAGCUUCUGUUCUCAGAGAAGUGUUGCAACAUGCGAAAAUUCACUCGCGAACAACAAAUUCAGAUCAUUAAACAUUAUUUAGCAAGCAAGUUCAUUUUACAGUACACUCUCUUCUUGUUUCCAUAGAUUUUUCGUAGUUAUUCUGUUUAUAGAAACAAGUAUUAUUAACUGGCAAGGAAAUUCAAAGCGUCAAAAGAAGCAUGUUUAUGUA